UCACUUCCGGUCCCUUCCAAUUAUCCUUCCCACAGCUAGCAACAAUUCCAAUCUUCAGUUCCCGCGAGGGUCGGCCUGGUCAGAGGCUGAGAAGCUGCCGGUACUGGGGUCGCGCGGGCCCAGGGCGGCGCCUACACCGGCACCAUGGCCCGAAAUGCAGAGAAGGCUAUGACAGCUUUGGCAAGAUUUCGCCAAGCUCAGCUGGAAGAGGGAAAAGUGAAGGAAAGAAGACCCUUCCUGGCCUCAGAGUGUACCGAGCUACCCAAAGCCGAGAAGUGGAGACGACAGAUCAUUGGAGAGAUUUCAAAAAAAGUGGCUCAGAUUCAGAAUGCUGGUUUAGGUGAAUUCCGAAUUCGGGACCUGAACGACGAGAUUAACAAGCUGCUAAGGGAGAAGGGACACUGGGAAGUCCGGAUAAAGGAGCUGGGUGGCCCCGACUAUGGGAAAGUUGGCCCUAGAAUGCUGGAUCAUGAAGGGAAAGAAGUCCCAGGAAACAGAGGUUACAAGUACUUCGGAGCAGCAAAGGAUUUGCCUGGUGUUAGGGAGCUGUUUGAAAAAGAACCUCUUCCUCCUCCCAGAAAGACUCGUGCCGAGCUCAUGAAGGCGAUUGACUUUGAGUACUACGGCUACCUGGAUGAAGAUGAUGGUGUCAUUGUGCCUUUGGAGCAAGAAUACGAGAAGAAACUCAGAGCUGAACUGGUGGAAAAAUGGAAAGCAGAGAGGGAUGCCCGGCUGGCAAGAGGAGAAAAGGAAGAGGAGGAGGAGGAAGAGGAAAUCAACAUCUACGCUGUCACCGAGGAGGAGUCUGAUGAGGAAGGCAGCCAGGAGAAAGGAGGAGAGGACGGGCAGCAGAAGUUCAUUGCUCAUGUUCCGGUGCCGUCGCAACAGGAGAUCGAGGAGGCCCUUGUGCGAAGGAAGAAAAUGGAACUGCUCCAGAAGUAUGCAAGUGAGACCUUGCAGGCCCAGAGUGAAGAAGCCAAAAGGCUCCUGGGCUACUAGACUCCUUGGAGUCUAGAAAUCCAGUGGGCAGCCUGCCAUGCCUGCAAGAUCCAUAGGCCACUCAACGUGGCCACUACAGUUGCAGACAGGCUGCUGGCACCUGGAGGCCCUGCUCCUUUCUCAUCCUUCAUCUCUCACGUUUCUUGGCCUCCAGGGCUGAUCCGAGGGUAGGACUCUCUCUUCUGCCUCCCCUGGUAGGCUGUCUUCACCUUUGUACAGGUGAUUUUUGACCAGUGAACCCAUUUAUUUUGGGCUGUAUGAGCAGCCAUAUGAACUCAUUUCUAAGUUGGCCUGUAUGAGGUACCGUAUGAACCCAUUUCUUUUUAUUUUGGCCUGUGUGAGCUACUGUAUGAACCUAUUUCUUUUUACUUUGGAGUGUGUAAAAUAGAUUGCCCUCUGCCCAUUAAGUGUUUUGUUCUGGCAUGUACUGUGAUUUUGGAGAGAAUCAAGUAGUGGCCAGCAUUUUAAAAAUGCAGCCAGGUCCAGCACAUGCCUGUAAUCCGGGAGGGCCUGAGGAUCGCUGUAAGUUUGAGGCCAGCCUGGGCUACAUGCUGAGUUCAAAGCCAGGCUGCACUACCUAGUGAGACUCUGUCUCAAAAAACCAAAAGCAAAUAAAAUAUGUAAUUUUCCUAGAAAGACACAUCUUCUCUUUAGAACUAAGAUGAUGUGUCAGCCUUGAGCCCACUCCCUGGGGCCAGUAGCCUGAGCUCCCUGCUCUGCCAGGCACUGCCCUAGUUCUCUGCCAGCCCCCUUAUUUGCCUGGGGGGCUGGAAUUUUGACUUUGCAACUUCCGUGUUGUAACCUGUUCUGCAGAGAUUCAUUUUUAUUAAAUAUGUUUUUAAGAAAAGGAAA